AUGAAGAUAACUUUCAUUAUUUUACUUUUUGGAUUCUCAAUCCUUUAAGUACAAUCUAAAUCAGUUGCUAAAAUGAAAGAAGUAUCUACUUUAAACAAUUUUUUAGUGUUUGACAUAUGUUUUAGGUUACAACUAAUAAUGUUAUCAAUAAUAUUAGGAUUGUUUGCUUAAAGACAUUUGUUAAGGGCUAUAUGUUUCAGCUAAACUUUUAUGCUUAGAAGAUUUUAAAUAUGAUACUGAUCAAUAUUUAGGGGAAUGUAUAAAUACUUAAUAUGAAAAAUUAUAAAAUGAUGAUGCAAGACUUUUAGUCGAUUGUUUAUAAGAAUAAUGUGACAUUUUAAAUAAUCAAGCACAACUUUUGCCAUAUUUUUAAAUCUUAUUAAUGAUUUAUUUAUUUACUAUAUGA